GCCCCUUCCUCAUUCGCCUCUCCCUCGUUCGCCUCUCGUACGGCCGCCCCUUAUACGAUACUACUCCUCCGAUUCGGACGAUUCGGACGAUUCUGCCCCAAAGGCUUAUGCUAGUUCCGGUUCUGCAGACGAUUUAGACGAUAAUUCGGGCUCUACGGACGAUUCUAUAGAUAGUUCCCUGGACGAGCUUGGUUCUUUGGACGGUUCUGUAAAUAGUUUUGCGGACGAUUCUGGGGAUAAUUUAGGUUCUAUAGACGAUUUUGGGUCUGAGGCUAGUUCUGGAGCCUCAGGUAAAGGUAGAGGUAGCUAUUAGUCAGACAGUAACUAUUAAAAGCUGGCCGUUUUGGGGAUUUCGUCAAACCCUAUUUCCUUUAUAUACCUGAAUGAGGGCAUUCAGAUUUGGUUUCCGGGGGGGUAAUGUAACGGCACUGGCUGGGGGCGGCUAUCACAUGACUGGUUUCACCUAGCUAGCCGGCGUUUCAGUGGUUUUAGCUAGUAUUUCCCUCCUUUUAUCCCCUUUCCUUCUCUCUCUCCUUCUUCUCCUUAGCUUAGUAUUCUCAAUA